GUCUGUUGUUCCUGCUGUGUUGUGUAUAACUUGACUCCUCUCAGCGCUGGAACUGUGUGUACAGAGUGUGAAGGAGUGUGUGAGUGUUCAGGCAGCAGCAGCAGCGUGUCGCAGUUUGCAGUUUCCUAAUUCAUCCUGAGCAUCGCUAAGAAGAAGGAAGUGCAGCCAUGGCGCAGGGGCUCAAAGAGAGGUUUGAAAAGUUCCUCCAUGAGAAAAACCUCAUGACCGAUGUCCUGGCCAAGAUCGAGGCCAAGACCGGAGUGAGCAGGACGUACAUCGCUCUGGGUGAGUGACCAUGACAGAGAAAAAACCCUGAGAGGAAAAGAGAGAGAAAAGAUCAGUGUGAAGAAAGGCAGCGUGGCUCUGAGUCAUACUUAGAAGAGUGGAAAAAUCCACUUCAUUUUAUAUACAUCUCAUCUUGAUUGAACAUAUUGCACAUUUAUAGAGUUUUAUUCCUCAUCGGACUUAAUCUGCUGUGUUUGCUUGCAGCUUUAAUCGGUGUGAUCGCGGUAUAUCUGGUGAUCGGUUAUGGAGCCUCCCUGCUGUGUAACCUCAUCGGCUUUCUUUAUCCUGCCUACAUAUCGUAAGUGUUUUAUUAUAGAGCAGAUCUGUCUGCAAGGAGGGGCCUUCCAGCUCCUCCACCCAACACACACUGACACACACACGCACACUCUCACACCCCUACACACCUAAACAACAUCAAACAGAAGCCUCCUCUCUGAAAAAAUACAUAAAAAAUAAAACGUCCUCAGAAAGAUGGAUUAAUGCAGGAUACCUGAGGGAGCCAGUUAGACAAAACAAACAAACAAACAAACAAACAAACAAACAAAAAAACAGGUUGUAAAUGUGUAAUAACGUAAAUAGACUGUAGUAUUGAUUUAAAAAAAUCUCUGAUCAAGGAAAAUAUUCUUGCUGUGUUGGCAGAGUUUUAAUCCUUUUAAUGGCUUCAGGCUUACAGUUAAUUUGUGUUACUUAGGCUUUUUCAUUGAAUUUCUAUGGAAGCCCUGAAUGGACAUAGGUAGGCAGGUCGGUUGAAUUUAUCGUCCCUGUGAGGAAAUUCAUUUGCAGUAAGUUAAAAACAUGCGCAAAGACAGCACACAUACACAGUUUCAUACACCGUCCCAUAUAAAACAAAACAAAAUGACUCAGAAAAGACAAUAUAAAAAUACUACUGUACUGUACUGUAUAUUUUAGUUUAUUUAUUUGUAAAAUCACCUGUGGUACAAGCGGCCGCCUGGACCUGUUCUUGCAUCCAUACAUUGUUUUAUUGACCUGACUGGGAUUUGAUUCUUGAUGACUGAAAUGUGGUCUCAGACUUGAACACUGACUGCAUUAGAGUUUGGAUGUCUCUAUAAACUGGUAGUAAUGAUAAUUGUCUUUAAAUAAGAAUAUUGAUGUUGUGCUGAAAAGAAGCUAGGUAAACUGUUACUAAUCGCUUUAAAGUAGGGGGUGCAGUAGAUCUUCAAGCUGAUUGUCAUUCCCCAUAAAAUGUAGGGAAGAUGAGGGAGCAGCAACAUACAAUAAUGCCUCCUCCUGCUUCUCUCCUUGGUCUCCCCUCCCCACCUUCCCCCUAUAGUUUGUGUCGCUGUCAAACAGCAUGUAAACGUCCAGCGAUCCAUCAAUAAUCUUAGGGGGAGCUGCACCCUCUUCCUGCUCCCAAACGUUUCUCAUUGAUCUGAGCUUUUUAUGAUGAAGUGAAAGUGAGGGCUGUUCGGAGGAAGAGAGCACGUCAUCCACCAUAUAGUCUUUAUGAUCAUAUUUUAAUGAUUGUCAGGAGCCAAAACUGAUUGAAAUGAAAAUAUGAAAUUCACAUCCAGAUUAAUCACCCAGUUCUAGUUCAGAAUUGGUUAAAAUGAUCUUAACGACAUAGUAAAGCUGAUCUCAUCCUGGUUCUCUGGUCAGUCUUCCUAUAAAGCAGGAAAUGGAGAUUUUCAUUAACUCUGGAAAAGCUGAGUGAAACUGGAACUCAAACAGUAAACUCGUCAAAGAUGUGGUUAUGAACUAGAGAACGAUUUUCAAGCAGAUAAAGUAAAGCAAUAAUUCCCUUUAAAUGCACAUGGUGGAAGAACAAAGGUAAUAAGAUCAUGUCAUAUAAAUUAAUUUAUGUCAUUAUUGUAUAAAUCUCCUGCAGACAUACAGUGUCAUGUUUCUGGCUCAUGCUCUCACAUCCUUGUCUGUAAUGUCUGUGGACUUUCCCUCCUUAUCUCAUGACCCUCAUUAUGUCAAUUCAUCAAAAUAGCAGAUUAUCCAGUUUGGGUUUUAUUUCAUUUCUUCAUUACACUGACCGUAGUUUCAUAUAGUAAUGGCACUAUAUCACACGUAGACCUAAACCCAAUCUGUGUUUGUGUCUGACACCUCUCUGACUGAAGAUGACUCUGUGAUGGAGAGGAUCUUUUCAGAGUCUCUUCCCCAGAAUACAUUUGGGUUUAUUUUAUUAGAGUUUUUUAACACAGUGACAAACAGAUCUUUAUUUGAAACCAUUAAAACAAGCACUAGAUGAUAUCUUCAGGAAGUAUAAUGUUGAAGUGACAGAGUCAGUUUGACCACAACCACCCUGCUUCCUCUUUGCUCUCCUUCUUUACAUUCAGCUCAGAGAGGAUGGAGGCGGAAAAGCCCCAGAUUAUGUAGUAUGUUUCAUUUUAACUCAAAGGUUUCUGAGAAAUCAGGAUAAGUUAAAGUAGAAACACACUCAUACUGGAUCAUUUUUGUACUGACAGUGUGUGUACCUGGUAAACAGAGGGAACAACCAAACAAUAAACCAGGUGUGUUCAUUUUUCAACAGUCAGGUCGAUGAAACAACAGUGGUGCUUCUGAGCAAAACAGAUAAGACAAAAGUAAACAUCAAACUACAGAAAAUGAUAAAAGAUGAUGGAUAAGUUCAGCACUUUAAUGCUUUUUUUUAAUGAAAGGCUAAUCAAACUAUUGAAAUCUUUGAAUUUCAGGGCAAUAAUCUUUGAAAUUACUGCAAAAAAUCAUCAACAUAUUUUUCUCUUCAUGUUACCUGAACUUAUUUGGCUUCAAAUAUUACAAAUCGUUUUUUUCAUACAAUAUUUUUCCAAAUCUGUGCAGCAGAAACAGAGAAAUUUGAGCAUUAAAUCAACUGUGCUUAAUGCAAACUAGAAUUAAAUGCUUUAGAGAUUUAUUAUUAUCCUCAGGAAUUACAUCAUUUUAGCUAUAAGUUUAUGUAAUUCACAAACUCAGAUUAUAAACAUCCAUUCUCUAAUAGUUGCCAUUUAUUUUCCAAAGUGACGUGAGAGAACUGACCUUUGUGCUUUAAACUUUAAAAUGUGAUGUUCAUCAGUGAAUGAGUCUUGUCUCUGUUGUCUCUGGAUGAAUCAUGAAGCAGCUGAUCUCUCUCAUGUCCACAGACAAAAACUCAAAGAAAUCUCUAAUGAUCAAAGCAUUUGAGUAAAUUUGGUGAAUGACAGUCAGAUCAUGUCAGAUUUUAUUACUGACCUUUAAAAGUCUUCAAAAAUGUCUCUUCUCAGUGGCGUUUGUGUUUACUGCCUGCCCUGCCUUAACAUGAUUAUAUCAUAAAGAUCAGUAAAGAAGACACUCAUCUCUUUAUAGCUCCGUUAUACCUAUUAGCUUCUCUUACUGGUGUUUUUCCACUGAAAAUGUUUUCCUGGAAAUAGUCUCUCUUUGGAUUUUAUUCAUUAAAGGGCUGAUUUAUGGAGCAGAAAUACAGCCUGUGAAUAAGAAGUGGACUUGUUCUUUGUCACUUUCUUGUUUGAAUCAGAUGCCUUUAGAUGUGGAUGAAAAUGGCGAGUGGAUUUAAGGCAGUUGGCUAACAGCUAAUGAGAGCUUGGUUCCCACAAAGAUUAAAGUUAAUCAUCAAAGUAAUUUGAAUGCUGCCAAUUAAAAUUUCAACAUACAAAACUUGUUGAAACAAAAACCUUAUUCCUGGGAAUUUUCUAGUGUAACUUCUACACAAAACAUUUCCGGGUCGAUCACUGGUUUCAUUUACAGAUUUCAUAUUUAAUCCGUGCUUGGGGGUAUUCAGUUUGUAGUACGUGUAGUCCAAGCACUAUUGACCAACCAGAUACCAAGCUUUGGUGUCUGCAGGAAAAGCAGUCUGUAUGGAGAGUAAAAGCAGGCAGAACACAACCCACAGUGGAUGUCAUCCCAGCUCCCACCCUUGGUAACCUGAGGAGGAUUUAUUUCUCUGUAUUAACAGAUAAACACACUCCUCAAUUAUGGAGACUCACCACAAACGUGGGGAUGCAAGACCAGUCAAAGGUAUCAAGAGAUGAGUUUAAAGUGGAAAAUUCAUAAAAAAAUGUCAUAGAUUUUGAAACCAUAAUUGAUAUCACAUUGUGUGAAACUGAGACUCACUACAAACAGAUAAACUGAACUGAACCAAGGAAUGACGGUGUUUGUGCAGCGUCAGGAGGGAUGACUUUUGCUUCUCUUUUGAUCUGAAUGCACAGUCCCUUCACAGGUUGAUUAGUAGACUGUUAAUAAGUAUAUAGAACAGAAGUCUUUGCUUUGAGCUGAUUGUGUUAAACUGAUCAUUAUUAGUUGAUUAUCUUUAACUGUUGGUUACACUUGACACGCCCCCUUUUAAGUCUCUUUGGCCUCAUAAUCUACUUAAGAACACUGUUGUAUUGAGGAAGACUUAAAACUAGAUUUGAGACUAUAGACUUAUUAAGACAAACGUUUACUGAGGGAAUAAAUCAGAUGAGAAGUAGGACCAUUGUCUCCUAGACUUCCAAUCAGACAGCCCCUGCUGGACUUUAUACUAAACAGAGGUCAAAAUCUGUGAAUCUGUGAAAUUUGACAUCUAGAAAUACAAGAACUACUCAGAAUAUUUUGACUAUACUGAGUAAAACACAGCAUGGCAGUUAUUGAACCAAAAAUGAAAAGUUUUGUUUUCACCUGGAGGUGAGAAGGAAGAAGGACAGACUUUGUGUGUGGAAUGGCGUUGAAAGAAGGUAAGAUGGUAGACCAUGAAAGAAAACACCCUCUGUUCCUACAACAAAGCCCUUCAUUUCACAGCCCAGACAAACUCAUUUGCAUAAAUUUACCUCCCAAGAUUUGCAUCCUGUAGUUUGUAGGCUCACACACAGACCGUUUUCAGCGUGAUCCUGUUUUAUAGUCAGAGCAGGUUGGUUAUCUUCUUUCAAGGCAAAGUUUGUGGACUGAAUAAAAUAUGCACACAGUCUUCAGUGAUUUCAUUUUGGAAAUGCUGACUCCAACUUAUCCUGAAUCAGGUUUAGAGGUUAUCUGAGGCUACAGCUGGAAAACUGUUACGACACACCCACCUGUCACUGAAAUCAGUCAUCCCCUCAGGGUUACCUGAUUAUACAUCACCCUACUAAACUCUGGAUUUUUAAAGAUUUUUAAGGUGUCACAGUACUUGUAGAGUUGUAGAGUUUUAUGUGCGGCCUCUCCCUUUGAAGUUUGGUGUGAUACCACUGCUGACUCUGAGGUGAGCAGCCCGAACCUGCUUUGUGUCAGGUGUCUGGACUUGUCUUUAUGAAGGAACAAUGACGUAGAGAUACGAACUGCUCCAGUAAACAGAGUUUGAAGGUCAUCAGGGGUUGCAGAACAUGUCAAACAAGAACUGAAUCAGACUUGUCCUUUUCUGACUUUGGAUCAUUAUCUUGUUAAUGAGUGAUGCACACUUUGACUAUGGUUAUUAAAUAUUAAUGAAGGGUUAAAAAAAUCAAUAAUAAGAUGAGUGAAGACAGUGGGAAACUAUUUACAGUGAAACUGAGACUCACCAUAAACAGAUGAGCAGGAGGGCUAAAUGAAGACUGUUUGGUAUACUUUCAAAAAGGACACUGAUUCAUCUGAAAUGCUAAAACAGUAAGGUAGAAUGAAUCCUCUGUCUGUUACACAGCAACUGAGACUCACCACAAACAGAUGAACAGUAAGUAAUAGUGAAGCCUCAGUUUAAAUGACUAUCUACAGUGAAACUGAGACUUGCCAGUUGAGUUUUGGGGAGCUCAAGAGAAACAACUUAAAAUGAGAAAACAAAACAACAAAGACAUCUCAACGUGAUCAUUGAGAUUUUCAUUUCAACACAUUUUUACAAGCAGCGCUGACAAGUUCAUCAGCCUAAAUCUCUGAAACUGUUUCUAUCUCACAUUCAUUCACAAUACAAAAAAUAUACAGAUAUGGUACACAUUAUUAUCAACCUUAUGACAAAAUGAGUUUGUAGUUGCGUAUGCAUUGUGAUGCGUGUUUACUGUUCUGUGAAGAAAAGACAUUUCACUAGGGCUCAUAUUGAAAGAGGAAAUUGUUGAAUCUUUUUGUAGCAUUAUGAAAUUUCACACAUACAUUUUUUUUUACCGAUAACUCUUUUCUUAUUAAUUGUGACUUAACUGUGUGGAUAUUGAGGCAGUUACUUUGUCUAAGUCUAAUUUCAGAUGGGAGAAAAAAACGCUUAAAGGAGCCCAAAGAGUUUUGAUUUUAAGAUGUUAUAUUAUUUGAUUGUGCAUGUGGACAGUUUAUAAAGCACAAAGCAGAAAUAGCUGUAAAUCGUACAACGUAAGCUUGUGACUGAGCAUGUGCACCACUAAUGUGCACCCGUUCUGUGGUUAAAAGUGUGCCACACAGGCUUCCUGUGUAAAAUGUCACCACUUUUUCUCUACCGGCUUCCUACACAGCAGCAGUUUCAUGCAGUCCCUCUGUCUGCAGGCUGUGAUACAGUCAGAGCACAAAUAAAAAUGAAGAGUAGUCCCUAAUUUAAGCUCUUGAUAUGGCCACAGCUCAGCAUUGUGAUUUUCUUCCUCUGGUAUUUCACAUUAUACAACUGUGACCUGUGAGAGCCUGAACUCUCCCUGUUUGAACACAGAAUACCCAGUUUUUCCUGAUCAGUCUGAUGUGUGCGGAGGUGGGUGUGGUUAUUUGAAUUUAUGAGAGCAAACACAGAGGAUGUCUAAGGAUAAAAGCUUUGGGACUACUGUGUAACAGCUGCAGAUUAACCACAAAGACCUUUGCUGCUGCUGCUGCUGGAGUACAGUGGUCGAGGUAGUCCAUCAAGUGAACCACAACCAUGUCAGUUUCAGAGUCAUUUUCUGACCACUUACCUUAACAGAAAAUAUCCUCUGCAGCUCUGGAUAGAGUUUGAAAAGUCAUGACAGAUACAGAGCGGCUUUAUUAAUACUCAAAAAUGAGGAUUAACACAACAGGAACAUCCAGAGCCAGAAAACAAAGAAAAAUCUCAUGUCGCAAACUGCAGUUCCCAAAAUGUCCACUGGGGGGUCUGUUCAAAUGUCCAAUCUAUAGACUUUAUAUAGAAUAAUAUAUACAGUCUAUGGUCCAAUCUUACAGCAGAAAUAUAUGUUUACAGUCGGGUACAAAUUCAGUUUGGGUCUUUGUAGCUUAUUUAAAUAUUCAUAAAACAAUAAAAUAUUAAUAUGCUUAUUUCUUGUAUAUUCAGUUUUUCGUCUUUCUUCAUUUUAAUGAUCAAUACUGGUGUAUUGUAACAGCCCUGCUCGAUAACUGUUAUACACACUGUUGCUCAUUGCUGCUGUAGAUAAAAUAAUGAGUGGCUGAUAGAUUUUGGAGCCCACACUGAAAAGUAGACAAAACUUCAAAACUUAGAGCUUUAAUGGAAACUGCCCCUCACUAUGUUUCUGCAGAUAAACACUUCUGCCUCCAACAACCAUUGAAACAUGAUUUGUAAAUUAUUUAUAUCUCUUUAUAUACAUUUCUAUCAUAAACGUCCUUUAAAUAUUGUGAACAGCAGGAUUUAAUCAUUCUGCGUAUUUACGUUGUAUGCAUACGACAGAAUAACAACACGCUGCAUCACGAUUGGAUGAUUCAGCGUGUUGUGAUGAGUCAUGGUCACACAUCUGAUCCUGAUGGUUUCACAAACAGAGCUGCUGUCUUUCUCUCCUGCUGUGAAAUCCAUGUGCCGGGCGCUCUGAGGUGGAGGGAUGGGUCCAGCUGCUGUUUGGUUCCUGUUUACUGUUCUUGCCUUAUUGUGCCUUAAAGUCUGUGUUGUGUUUCUGUGAACACAGACGCAGAGUUGAAGGUGUGGGUGGUGUCAUGUUGCAGUCGGUGCAGUUUUUUUAAUAAUACAUGAAGAACAAGAGGAGGGGCUGUGGAGCCGCUCUGUGCUGAGGAUGAGUAGGUCAGACAGUCAGAGGCCUCAGACCUGCUAGACUAAAGACUCAGAGACUCUCAGAGGAGACGGGAAUGUGCAGCUGUUAGGAAGAGUCAUGUCACUAUGAGCAGACUGCAGCCUGCAGAGCCAAAAGGUCAUUUCACUCAUUUAGAUUGUGCAUAAUGACACAGACUGUAAAUCAGGAGUAAACCUCAGUCUGUCUGAGUGUCAGCCAUGAUAAGAGCUGUUUGAAUCCUCAAAAUGAUAAGGAGAGGAGCUUCACUGUGACCUUUAUUACCUCCUUUAGUGUAGUAAACACCACACCAUCCUUUAGGAAAGGAGAGAAGAAAAAAAGGACCCAUAAUUCUCUGUACUAGCUACAUUUAGCUAGGACCAGGAAUUUCAACCAUGACAACAAGCCAUCAUCAGAUAAUUUGAAGCCUCGUCGCCAAGUAUGAGAGGAGGGGAGGAGAGCAGAGCGGUACUGACAACCUAAUAAACACUGUUCCUCACCUCUGUACGCUAGCAGACCAUGACUUCAUGUUAAACCUCAACCCCUGUUUGAUCCAGUAACUCAAAGAGUAUCAGUCCUUUCUUUCAUAUUGUUGAAUUGAUUGUUUUUUAAGUUUGUUCACUGCAAACAUACAUGAUUUCUGCUUUUUACUGAUGCUAAUGAUGCUCACAGACAAAAAAACCAUCAUGUGCUGAUUAAAACUUAAAUGAAUAGAUCAAGAAUAUUCAUUUGUGCACACUAGAAAGGUUCGUAGAGGGCUCAGAAGUCUGUAAGAGAUCCCUCACAGGCUUGAGGUGUGAUAAUGGGAAAGCAGUGGUGCACCUGAGUGUGGACACCUAGGCUGGGCCUGACUAUUAAGGCUCCUGGUUUGGAAAGUGAAGCCAGUGCAGGAUGUAUUAAUCUCUCAUUUUUCCAAAUGACCAACAGGGGGCGUCUGACUGUAAAGAAGGAAAGCUGCUCCUACUUCUCAGCUGGUUUACUCCCUCAGUCCACAAAAAUCUCCUUAAAUGAUAAUGAAACAUGUCAGCUGUUGCUCUAAGGAGAAGGUUUUAAUUAGUUAUUGUUUCCUUUAAAAGUCGUCUAAUUAUGUAACUCUCAGUGAACAUGUGAAAAGACUCAGAUCACAAAGUCACUUCAGUCUAACCAGUUCAGUCUGAAGGCUCUGACUGAACAUUUUGACUCUGAUGCAGCAGGACAAAGGAUCACUGAGUAUAAAAUAUAUAAAGAUGGAAGUCUAAAAAUAAAGUAGAGACCACACUCUGGAUCAGGUGAUGUUUUUAACGCUCUGUUUCUGUGUCUCUGCAGGAUUAAGGCCAUAGAGAGCGCGACCAAGGAGGACGACACUAAGUGGCUGACGUACUGGGUGGUGUACGGGGUCUUCAGCGUGGCCGAGUUCUUCGCUGACAUCUUCCUCUCCUGGUUCCCCUUCUACUACAUCGGAAAGGUGAACACACACCUGCCUGCCUUGUGUGUUUGUGUGUAUUUCAGUCAGCGUGUCCCACCUGUGUUCCCUCUCUUAUCAAAGCAGUAGUGUGUGUUAGCAGUGUGCAGGGGUGGAGCUCUCGGCUCUGAUGAUAAACUCUAUCAGAGAGCGUCUGCAGCUGUCAGUGAUUCACUGAGUCAGUGUUUGUUUAAAGGUACAGGAUGUACAGUAUGUCUGCUUUCUGUACCCUCAAUCCAGGCUGACAGGCAGAGAAAGAGAGAGAACAGAGGGGAGGAAACUGCCUGACAAAUAUCUGUCCUGCUUUUGUUUUUUUUAAGCUUAUGAUGAAAAUCAGGAUCUAAAUUGUGUCAAAAACUGUUUUAUCCUUUUCUUUAAAAAUCUCUUCUAUGUUUGACCUAAAAAUGGUGGAAAUUUUCUGCUUCCUAAUCACUGAUAUAAAAUUAUCUAUUGUCUAUUUUUCAGUGUGCGUUCCUGGUCUGGUGCAUGGCCCCAACUCCCUCCAACGGCUCGGCUCAGAUUUAUAAUCGCAUCAUCCGACCGUUUUUCCUCAAGAACGAGGCCAAGAUCGACGACGCCAUGAAGAACAUCAAGAACAAGGCCACAGAAGCUGCAGACAAGUUUAAAGACGAGGGUGAGUUCAGAGACAUGUCUGUGUUUUUACUGUGAAUAACACCUGAACCUGAACUUACCAAAUGAGUAUCAGCCGAAAGAAAGAAGCAAUCAGCAAUCAGUUUGAGAAGAAAUAGGUUUCUGCCGGAUUUUUCUGCAGUUUCUUCUUCUCAGUUCAGUGUGGUGUUCAACCUCACUUAGUGUAGGUCAAAGUGAACUUUAAUUUCUUCACUGGAGACUUUUUUAAAUCUUAGAUCUAUUUAAAGAAAACAUCAAGUUUUGAUCCUCCCACCACUUCAGCAUAAACCACCAACUCUGUUCUUAUUCUUCAGAUCCAAGUCUCCACAUUAGUAGCGUUUAAUACCUUCCACUAGAUGGCGCCAGUUUGUAUUUAUAUCACAAUCUUCCGUCAGUGAUGAGUUGUUGAGGCUGAAAGUCUUGGUCUUUAACUAGAUGCUGCAUAAAAAAAUCAGUCAAAACCAAAUUUUUUUGUGUCUCAUUCUGUCUUCAUCAGACAGAAAGUUUUCUUCCUCAGUUUUUACAACUUUUUUACAAGUUAUAUUUCGGGGCAUUUUUGCCUUUUAUUAGAAAGGACAGCUGAAGAGAGAGAAAUUGAGGGGUGAAGAGAAAAAGGGAAGAAAUGCAGUAAAGGGUCGAGGCUGGUACUCAACCCAGUGAGCGCUGCGACAACGACUAUAGCCCCAAUACAUGGAGCACCUCAACCCCUGGGCUAUCAGCGUCCCUCCAUCACCUUUAUAAAAACAUUUACUUAUUUUGUACAUAAUCUGGAAAUUGAGGGGUUAAAACUCUAAAAUUAGGGUUUAAGAUCUGAAUAGGACUGAAGCAGAGGGAAGAUUUGAUCAGUUUUAAGUGAGAAAUAUCUCAUGUUAAGACAUUUUAUUGGGAGGACUGUUAGUUUUCAAGGGUGUCGGGGUUUCUUACUAGAACUUACUAUAGUUUGAAACAGAAGAUCAGAGUAUUUGAAGCGUCAGAGAGUGGAUAUCAGGGGUCAUAUUUUCUCUUGUGUUUGUGUCCACAGCAAAGAGAGCCACAGCGAACAUCAUGUUUGAGGAGAAGAAGAGCACAUAAGAAGAGGACCACCUGUCUACAGCCUUCUCACUCUGUUACUGAACUACAGUUGCCUUUAAAAAUGCUUGUUUUUAGGAUAAAUGAUCUGAAUGUAGACUGUCACCGUGUCUAUUAAAGCCAUUCCUCCUCAGGUCGGUUCACUUAUUAACAUUUACCUUCUGGAGGGCGGAGAGAAAUCUGAGUGCUGGUCCUGAAACACUUCAAGAACAGAAUAAAACUUCUUGGCUAAAAAGAGGAUAAGAGCUCUCUCUCAUCUCUGUCUGGUUGUAGUUUAAGAUAACUGCUCUGAAAACAGUAGGAUGUGAAUUAUCUAAACUUUUCUUAUAUAAAUGUCUGUGUCCUCUUUGAGUAACAGAUCUUAAACACUUAGACAAAAGUGGUCCUGCAGGUUCUCUCUGCAUGUUUGUUUUGUAAAAUCCGUUGUUCUGCAUCGUGAUCUAAUAACAUGUUAAAAAUCGACUUUAGUUCAGUUUGCUCUGCAGGAUUUUUGACAUUUCUGUUCUGUUUCACACAGUAACACGUGUCUGCAUGACUUAAGCAAAGAUAAGGGAACAGGCUCUUCUGGAGAAACUGGAUCAUUUCAAAAAUAUUUCAGCAUUUUGAUUAAAGUCUUGGAAGUCCACAGAGUAAAACACGCACAGAUUUUCUUUUCUUCUGCUCCUAUCUCAUAUAAAAAAAACAUGAAACUUAAAUCUCUGAACUAUCAGUCAAGUCAAUCUGCUUUUCUCAUUCAUUUAUUCAAACUGCAUGAUUUUGUGCUGCUCGCUACAAAUCUGCACAACGAUCAUGUGAUGCCAAACUGUCUGCCCAACUACCAGAAUCUGCUAGAUAUGUAUAAACCUGUCAGGUAGGAGUGUUUGAUAAACUUAGACAUAACAAUCCAGUUUAGAAACGCGUACAGUGGUGUUUUUUUUUUUCUAAAAGGUGGAGAAACCAUCCGCUACAGAAUCAGAUCAUUCUGCUGAAGGUCGUGAAAGCUGUAGGUGAGGGCGACACCUGCAGGCGAUGGUGACUCACACCUGUUGAGUCGUCCUGCAGGGUCAGGAAAAGUGUAAAAGGUGGUGGUAAUGUGAUGCUCUCUAAGAAGUAGGGACAGAAAAUUUAUUAAAAUAUAAGUUUUAAGACAAAAAAAUCUGAAUCAAAAUUUUAAGGUCAAGCCUCUGAUAUCUUUUUAUGCUAAAGGUGCAAACAUUUUUCUUUUUGAGGCUACACAAGUCCUUUUUUUUUAAUUUACAGACAUACCUAGGCUUAAUCAGAAGAAUAAGUUUUAAUAAGAGUUGAAAAGAGGCUGUAUUAAGUUUUGAAAGAAGGUAAAGUUGGUGCAAAUGCACACUAUUCUUGUUCAUAAUACCUGCAUUUGCACCAACUUUACACAACCUUGGUAUGAUUCAACAUUUGCACAGAUUUUUCUUUGUAAGCUUGAUUUUCACUCUAUCAAAGUUCUACAUUUCAGUUUGUCACACAUGCUUCAACUCCUGGUUUAACUUGUAAACUUUGUGCACUUUUUAAGACUGUUAUAAAUGUAAUUACAACGCUUUAUAAAGUGCUUAUGAUGCUUUAUAAAUGGAGAGUAUAUGUAAAUAGUUGCCAUGUUUCCUCAUCACCUUAUAGUGAUAAAUUUAAAUCAUAUAAACUCGUAGAAAACUAGGACACCGAGCGCUCCUCAUUCGAAUAGUCACUCCUCAAAAAACCAGAUCGCAAUCGUCUGGACGGCGUCCUCAAUGAAAAACGUGACACUGCGUGUAGGAGAGUUGGUACGAGUGAGUACAGUGAUUGAUUUUAAUGGCUUCAUAAACAACUAUAUAAAACAGUUCAUAAAAAUUCAUGCACUUUCAGUGUAAAUUCAUUUUCAAAUAUAGAGGAAAUUUAUGUACAACAGUGUGAACCGUAACAGUGACUUCAUUCAGUUGGGUUGGUUCACCACAAAUAUACUUGGCUGCAUAGAAACAUUGACAUUAUUAUUGCCUACGUAGAAAAUAAAGAAAAGAUCAGGAAGAAAGAAAAAGUCUAGAGCUGUUUUCCAUCUAACAGGUGCUUCUAUUAAAGAAAAGACGGUGAUUCAAAAAGUUAGCUUCUCUCCUCUCAUUGAUUCCAACAUGGAGACAAAAGAACUAAGCACUAGUGAGAAAAACUGAGUAAGAACUUUCCCUUUACCAAAAUUACAUUCUGAAAGCAUUUAACGAAAGAUCUAUAGUACAGAAACUCACUCGGAGAACGACGAAAAAGCCUGAGUCGAUGGGGAAAAGUAGAGUCAUAAUAAAUCCCAAAAGCCUGAGGAAAAAAGACCACUGAUUUACUAUUUUACAAAAAUUUACAACAGCAUUAUUGGAGGAAAAAAAAAACAAGAUACAAGUCGCUCUAAAAAAAUCCAGGUUAUUUUUUUACAUCUAAAGAUAUGUUAUUAAAUAAUUCACACCAGGUGGAAACAGAAAACCUGCCGAGGAAAUGAGAAAUGCUGUAAAUGAGGUACUUCAGGUGGCUUCACCUUUACAUCGACCUGUUCUGUGAUUCUUGUGACGUCUCGUUGAGUUAACACUUAAAUAAAGUAGCAUGAGAGAGACAGACGGACAGACAGACAGACAGACCAACAUAGAGAAACAGUCAAACAGGAUCCAGUGUCGAGGGGUUGACGGGAAUAUGAGGCAGCACUCAGGGUCGACUGUGUCCAGAGUUUAAAAAAAAGUUUACAAAAAUAACAAAAAUCGAGCCGCGUGCCGCCGCACACCGCAGCUUUAAACUCUUAAAUAGAAAAAUAUGAUUCUUAAUCUGCUGCCUGGUGGAGCCGCUCCCCGGCGCUCGUCCUGCAGGUUCCCAAGGUGAAGCGCAGCUGCAGAGGAGGAGCCGCGCCCACGUGACGUGACGGCUGCUUCAAACAGCUGCAGGUUCAGUCCCUGUAAGGCAUCUCGCUGUGUGUGAGUCUAUGGCUGCUACACGCAGACCUCGCAGCUCCUGUUAUGUCUUGCGGCUGCUCCAGAUCUGCUCUGGUGUGCUCUUGUGGUCCGACGAGUAGUCGAAGGGCGAGCGGUGACCCAACGGUGAGCGGGAGUCGUAAGGGGAGCGCUGGUCUCGGGGGGAGCGCGGCCCGCUGGCCGAGGCUCGCUGCUCGCUCUGCCACUCUGAGUGGUAUCUGUAGGAGGAGCGGUGGUCUGAGUGGGAAUGAUCCUUCAUGUCCGGCCGGUGGUCUCUGCUUGAGCGGAAAUCCUCCAGCUUCCUGUGCUUACUGUCGUUGAAGUAUCUGAGUGAAGAGAAAUAACAAACAAGGUGAGACAAAGACAGACUAAACACAAAACACCUUCAAAAGGUCUGUGUUCUGGAGACCACUUCCAGGACUUUUCCAGUGACAGAUGAGCUGCUAUGACAGAACAACAAAGUUAUUUCAUGCUUGUGAAUGACCGUGCUCUCAACUGUUAUGGUCCCUGACGUCUACGGAUUACUCCAUUACUACAGACUUUUAUUUUAUAGGACAGUGAAUUAUCACAUUAAAGAAAUAUAAAAAAAACAAAAAAACAUUUUAGUUCAAGAAAAAUACACCCAUCCUGAUUUGACAAGAUUUUUAAGAGAUAAACAGUGAUGUGAAAUGAGUCUUUGGACCUUUAAAUGUUGAUGUCCCUCCACGACCUGCCCUCAAAACCCACCUUUUCACACUCGCUUUUAUUACCUGACCCCCCCUGACUCACCAUUAUCCCACCCCUCACAUCUGCUCCUCCCACUUUUAUUCUUUUUAUUCGAUUUUAUCUUAUUUUUAGCUUGUUACUUUUGAUCUUUGCCUCAUUGUAUUUUUAUGUUUUUUAACUUUCUGUAAAGUGUCUUUGAACUUGUGUAAAAAGCGCUAUACAAAUAAAAUGUAUUAUUAUUAUUUGA